AUGAAGGCCAUUGUUGCAGCGCUGGCCAUCGGCCAGACUGGUGUAGCAGCAAGGAAAUUCUGGACGUCAAAACCAGCUGAUCCAGGAAAUGUGUUGAUGACAGGGUAUACUAUCGGCAAUGGAAGACAAGGAGGCUUACCGCUGGGAAUACCUGGCGACGAUUUAUUAUGUCUGAACGAUGAUAGCGUAUGGCGCGGCGGCCCAUUCUCAAAUUCGAGCUACACAGGAGGAAACCCUUCAGCGUCGUUGGCUCAUUUCUUGCCGGGAAUCCAGGAGUUUAUCUUUCAAAAUGGAACAGGAGAUGAAUCCGCAUUAUACGGCGGCUCCUCUGAUUAUGGCUCUUACGAGGCCCUCGCCAACCUCACAGUCUCCAUCGCCGGCGUGACCAAGUACUCUAAUUACAAGCGGACGCUGGACCUGGAGACGGCAUUGCAUUCUGCAGAGUUUACUGCAAAUGGAGCCACAUUCCAAACUGUUCAAUUCUGCACCUUUCCCGACCAAGUCUGUGUCUAUCAUGUCAACUCCAACAAGCCACUACCCGACAUCACGUUUGGCCUAGUUGACAAUUAUCGAACAAAUCCGGCUUCUACCGUCAAAUGCUCUUCUAGUGGCAUUUGGCUGAGCGGACGAACCGUAGCCAAUGACGGCGAAGGCCUGAUUGGGAUGAAAAUCGAUGCCCAGGCCUCUGCACUCUCUACCAGUGGGCUAAAGGCAACAUGCAAUAGCAAAGGCCAGACGGUGCUUAGCACAAAAUCCGUCAAAUCUGCCACCAUUGUGGUGGCUUCAGGCACCGAAUACGAUGCAAAGAAGGGCAACGCUGCUAAUAACUAUUCCUUCCGCGGAGUUGACCCGCAUCCCGGUGUUGUCAAGACAAUUAACGCAGUGUCUAAGAAGAGCUACAACACAAUUGUGCAGAGACAUGUCGCUGACCAUGGCGAGUGGUUCAACAAGUUUACUCUGGAUUUACCGGAUCCCAAUAACUCUGCGGAAGUCGACUCAGUGGAACUGCUCACGAAUUACUCGACGGAUAAAGGCGACCCCUUUGUCGAAGGUCUGCUGAUCGAUUACGGAAAGUACAUGUUCAUUGCCUCAUCUCGACCUGGGUCACUGCCUCCAAAUUUGCAAGGCUCGUGGGCUCCUGAUGGCAACCCGGCGUGGAGCUCGGACUAUCACAUCGAUGUUAACGUGCAGAUGAACCACUGGCAUGUCGAAAAGAUGGGCCUGGGAGGUCUUACCGAUCCUCUAUGGGAUUUUAUGACUUACACUUGGGUCCCUCGUGGGACAGAGACGGCUAGACUGUGGUAUAAUGCCAGCGGCUGGGUUGCCUUUACAAACACCAACAUUUUCGGCCAUACAGCGCAAGAAAACGAUGCAACUUGGUCGGAUGUUGCGCAUGAUAUUGCUUGGAUGAUGGCACAUGUGUGGGAUCGCUAUGACUAUGGCCGCGAUAAAAACUGGUAUGCCUCUGUUGGAUACCCUCUGAUGAAAGGCGUGGCCAGCUUCUGGAUAGACUUGCUUGUGCAAGACGACUACUUCAAGGAUGGCACCUUGGUUGCAAAUCCUUGCAAUUCUCCAGAGCACGGCCCUACGACCUUUGGUUGUGCUCAGUUCCAGCAGGUGAUCUGGGAACUGUUUGACCAUAUCAUCAAAGACUGGAAUGCGUCCGAUGACAAGGACGAGAGCUUCUUGAAACGGCUCAAAGAGUCGUAUGGCAAGCUUGACCCAGGUGUCCACGUUGGAAGCUGGGGACAGAUUCAAGAAUGGAAACUGGACAUCGACGUCAAGAACGACACUCAUCGCCAUCUCUCUCACCUCUAUGGCUUCUACCCCGGCUAUGUCAUUUCCAGCGUCCACGGCGACAACAAGACAAUCAUGGACGCCGUCGCCACAAGCCUCUACUCUCGCGGUAACGGCACGGACGACUCCAACACCGGCUGGGAAAAGGUCUGGAGAGGCGCGUGCUGGGGCCAACUUGGCGUCACUGAUGAGGCUUACAAAGAGCUCAAGUACACCAUCGACAUGAACUUUGCGGCAAACGGACUUUCGGUGUAUACCGCCGGCAGCUGGCCUUAUGAGCUCGCGCUGCCGUUCCAGAUUGAUGCCAACUUUGGCCUUUCGGCAAAUGCGCUGGCGAUGCUGUACACGGACCUGCCGAAGAAAUGGGGAGACAACAGCUUGCAGAAGGUGAUUCUCGGCCCUGCGAUUCCGGCAGAAUGGGCGGGUGGCAGUGUGAAGGGCGCGAGUCUGAGAGGAGGCGGCACGGUGGACUUUGGCUGGGACGACGAUGGGGUUGUGAACAAGGCGGUGCUGCAUGGGAGGAGUUUGCCGAUUGUGGUGGUGAAUAAGAAGGGCAAGGAUCCAAAGCUGCUCUACUCCGUCGCAGGCGUCAAGGCCUACCACCUCGCAAAUGGCACAGAGCAGUCAUUGACGCCAUCAGGGCCGCAGACCCUGUCGCUGCUGAUGGUGCCGACGUCUUCGGGCUUCGCAGACCCGGCAAGCACUGGAAGUGGAAAUGGAAACGGCGAGCAAGACUUCUACCUCCAUCUGCAUCUGCCGCCUGAGCUCGAUCUUCCUAUGCCGGCGACGACUCAGAUCUACCACCAGCCUCCCAGCAGCUACCUGAUUCCACGAUGGGAUCUCGGCCCCGGCAAUGGCGCAUUCACUCGCCUCGAGUUCCCCGUCGUCGGCAGCAGACCCAACGUCCAAGAGGACGUCGAUACCUUUGAGACGAUUCUUGCACAAUGUACCGCCUUCCUCGAACGAGCACCGGCUCCAGCUCCGCCUCCAGAGAAGCGCAGACCUUCCGAUGCUGCUAGAGCCAAGGCAAGAGAAGCUGGAAGAGAUGAACCUCCUCCCUAUAACCCAGCCAACUUUGACGAGGGCGAGGCAUAUGUCCGGGGCAGUCAUAGCUCUCACUUGCCCGGAAGGAUCGUCCUGGUUGAUGAGGAGGAUGGCAGCGUCAUGGGCGAGCUUAGCGGCGGCUUCAAUGUCGUCGAGGACGGUGCUGUGACACCUGGAUCCAAAGAACCCGUCGAGAUCAUUCUCCCUGCCGAUGGCAGCAACAACAUCUCCGUUCAGCCCGCCUACGACUACAUCGAAGAUACUAUGCACCCUGCCUACAAGAAAUCGACCAUUGUCUCGGCAGGCACCAAAGCCUCGCGGCUGCUCAUCACAACAUCCGACUACCUCGCAAAGACAAUGCAGAACCAAGCCGACAGUUUCACCAAGAGCACUAAGCCUGCUGCGAAUCCGAUGACGUUUGCUCCGACAACUCACGACCAUAUUCGUCGUAUAAACCAUUAUUCUACCAAAGUCGCCACUCUUUCUGCUCAAACCAUUGGUUCCAUCAAUCACUUUGCUCAAAAUUUUGGCGCCGGUAUGUCAAAGCGAAAAGAUGGAAAGGCACGAGGCUACGAUCAAGAAGGGAACGUCAUUGAGACAUACAAGCCCGGAGUCUUGAACAAGAGUUUGAUGGCCUUCAACACCGUCGUCGACGGCAUGGAGCAUGCUGGAAAGACGCUGCUAUCCGGCACAACAUCAAGCAUGUCCACAAUGGUGGGACACCGAUGGGGGCCUGAAGCAGGUGAAAUGUCCAGGAACUUGGGCGGCGGCUUCAAGAACGUCGGGUUGGUGUAUAUCGACGUGACGGGAGUUUCGCGCCGCGCAAUUCUCAAGAGCGUCGCAAAGGGCAUGGUUGUCGGCAAGGUCAAGGGAGGAGGCCAAAUCAUUGUCGACGAUAACAACGGAACUGAUAACAUCGCGGUUGUCUCUGGAGGCAAUGGCAAUGGCAAAUGCAACGGCAGUAGGAGCGCCAGUGGCAGUGGUAGCAGCUCUAGAAAUGAGUCUAGAAGCGGCAAUGGGAAAUCAAGCGCAGUACACGACACAUAUGGAGGCGGCGCGACGAUUCCAGGAAGCAAAGAGGGCAACGGCAAUGGGAAUGGAAAGAAGGCGGCCUGGUAA